AAAUAGCGAGAAAUUCUUUUUGGGGUUUAGAGGAGAAGAAGAGCAGAGAGUAGCGCCUCUUCUGCUGCGUUCUGGUUCUGGACACAAUUACACUCUGUCUGCACCCUGCAAUGGUUUCGCUAUCGACAUGGUUUCGCUAUAUUGCCCACAAAAUCGAUUACUCCGUCUCCCUCGGCUUGAAGAACUAUAAAGGAGGUCUCAUUUCAGACAAAGAGGCAAGGGACAUUAUUUGGAAAAACUUCUUUCAAGGAAGGAUGACGUACUUGCACUGGAAUAAAGGAGAGGAGAUGGCCCCUGCUAUUGAUGGAAAAUCGGUAACUCUUGUUCGGAACUUGCCAACUGCAGACCCAACGCGUGUUUUUGUAGGAGAUGUUGUGGUUUUGAAGGAUCCUGAGAAGCCAGAUAACUACCUAGUCAGAAGAUUAACUGCGAUUGAAGGUUAUGAAAUGGUUUCUACUGAUGAAAAUGAUGAACCCUUUACUCUUGAGAAGGACCAAUGCUGGGUUGUAGCUGAAAAUGAAAAAUUGAAAGCGAAGCAGGAAGCGAAUGAUAGUCGAACAUUUGGUCCAGUUCAGAUGACAGACAUCGUAGGCAGAGUCAUAUAUUGCCUGCGAAGCGCUGUAGACCAUGGCCGUGUACAAAACAGUUAUUUUGGCAUGCGAAAGGAUACACCAGUGUUGGAAGUGGAACUUGAUGUUGAUGAGAUGGCAAAGAGUCACAAAGCCUGAGCUUUUUGUCCCGGGAAGCACUAACUACUUUACUUUAUGCAUUCCCUAGUUUCUUCUUGUGGAUUUUCCUUGAAGCACAGAUGAAGAAUAAAGUAGAUGAUUUUUAAAUUGUUGCAAUGGGAUGGUGAUGUUAUAUGGCUAUCCUUUGCACUGCAUCUUAGGCGAUUGGUUCGUUCUUCCCAACACGAACAUGAUUGUAAGCUAAGUUCAAGCAAGAACUAUUCGUAAGUCAUUGAUUUGGCUCUAAAAUUGACUAAAUUUUGGUCUAUAUGUUAAAGACCACAAAAGGCUGCACCAUUAGAUUUAUCAUGGUUUCAGGUAUUUUCUAUUCCUUUUUUGCUCGAUGACAAUUACGUAGAAUUGUGAAGUCCCAGUGUGAUUGGGCUCACGUUUUGAAUUUCAAGGGGAUACUGUUUGAUAUCUGUUUUCUCUAGUCAGUCAGCUUAUGAAAAGAACGUUCCAGUUAAAA